AUGCCGACGGUCUUUCCAGAUCCACCAAUCGACAGGUCCAUCUUUGGCUGGGAUCCCAAGGACGAGUUUGCUGGGAUCGUGUCUGACUGGAUCUGGAAUAUUGAGGCAAAGGUGGGCAUCAUCUUGGACAACGAGGGCAUGCGGCUCAAUCUCCCAGUCGCCAACGAGACAAUCGUUCACAUGCAGCCUGGCUGGCGCUUCCAGUCCAACAUGACGCAGGAACAGCACAAGUCGCUGAACACCACGCUCAAUGCUCUGGUGCCGAAGAGGAUGAUCUACUCCAGGCUCAGAGAGCACGACAGUCUGCACGCCAACCGAGUACGAGUGACCAGGGAGCAUGGCUCUAAAGAGAUCAAAUCUGGUCCGGGAGGUAUCAUCAGGAAAGAGAGGGUGGCGGACAUGAACGUAUUCUGUCCCAAUCACAACUUGGACUACAGGAUCAGCUUGAAUUGGGAAUUGCCGAUUCAGUCUCCUCCGCAAGACCAGCCGCAGCUCACGCGAGACAAGAACAGGCUGUGCUACCAGAACCCACAUUUCCAGGUGGACCUCACAGCUGUCGAUUCUUCGGACAACCCGGGUGUACCCUCUCAUGAGCUGGAGCUGGAGUUUAGAGAUGCGGGCAGCCUGCUCCGAGAAGCGCACAACUACAGGUCAGAAGUGUCUCCUAAUCGGACGUCCCCCGAGGAGUGGACUCCCUAUGAAGAUCUUAUUCUUGUCUUUUUGAAUAGCGUUCGAAUGAUCAUCAGGUGA